UAUGUAUAUAUUUUAAUCUUUAUUCUUCAUGAUCAGCCAUUAUAGGAAUUUUUAAUGUAGCAGUUCAGAUUUUUUAUUUAUUUUUAUAUUUAUUGUAGAUUCGCCCUCAAUAAUUGCUUGAUUCACUAAUGUAUCUUUCGAAUUUAUUCAUUUUUGUUUCACUUUUUAGUUUUAUUUUUGAAUUCUGUAAUAUGUAGAUCCGGGGUUUGCUCGAGGGAUCUAAUGCUGGCUUUGUGUGAUAGGUUUCGAGAUGUUGUUGUGGUUUAGCUCAAAAAACUCACUUUAUUUCAAUUUGAUGAUUUGGUAUUUGUAUUAUGAAAGAGAGAUGCUUUUAGGGUUUCUAUGAGAGUAUGGUGUCUUGUGUUUCAAUCCCUUUUUCUCUUUUCCGUUUUCUCUGAUUUUGUUUAUUUUUGCUUUGCUGUUUGAAACUGUGUUUUUGUUCUGCUGAGCCAAUGGUUUGGAAUAUCAUUUCUGAUUGGAAUGGCAAUGCAAACGGCAAGUGCUCCUACUGCCCAGGUGGUUGGAAAUGCUUUUGUCGAGCAGUAUUACCAUAUUCUUCACCGCUCCCCAGAUUUGGUUUACAGAUUUUAUCAAGAUGCAAGCGUGCUAAGCCGGCCAGAUUCCAGUGGUGUAAUGACAUCAGUUACAACCAUGAAAGGAAUCAACGACAAGAUUUGUUCUUUGGAUUACAAGAACUUCAAGGCUGAGAUAAAAACUGCAGAUGCUCAGGACUCUUACAACAGUGGUGUGAUUGUUUUAGUAACUGGGUGCUUAACUGGGAAGGACAAUCUAAGAAGGAAAUUUGCGCAAACAUUUUUCCUUGCUCCUCAAGAUAAAGGGUAUUUUGUUUUGAACGAUGUUUUUAGGUAUGUAGAGGAAAGUGGCCUAUUUGAAAGUAAUACAGUGACAAUUAAUGGAACUGACGACACUCAAUCAGCAAUCAUAACCCCAGUUCCAGAGCCUGCUCGUGUUCUUGAUCCUCCAAUGCUGGAUCCGGCAUCUUCUCUCGUAGAGGAGGUUCAAAAUGUUGACGUGAAAGCCCGUGACCCAUUGGACAACGAAAAACAAUUGGUGAAUGAAAAAGAGGUGGUUGUGGAUUCUGAAUCUCAUUCAAAUGAGAAUCACGUUUCCGCAGUUCCCGAAUCAGCCUCUUCUACUGCCCAAGAAGAUGCUCCGAAGAAGGUAUCUUAUGCGUCAAUUGUAAGUUCACAAACAAAAAAAGGGAGUUCAGGACCUAUUAAAGUUUUCGUACCAGCUAAUACUUCAAGAAUGCUUCCUAUGAAGACUGACAAACAGUCAAUUGGUUUGGCCACGCAUGCUCCAGAGCCCGAAGCGUCAGCCCCUAGCAGCAUAAAUGCACCUGAAGGUAGGAACGCUCAAGAAGAAGUUGAAGGCCACUCUGUCUAUAUCCGUAAUUUGCCUCUAAAUGUGAUGGUUGCUCAGCUUGAGAUGGAGUUCAAGAAAUUUGGACCUAUUAAACAAGGAGGUGUCCAAGUCAGAAGUCAUAAGCAAGAGGGUUUCUGUUUUGGCUUUGUUGAAUUUCAAGAUUUGGCCUCCAUGCACAGUGCAAUUCAGGCUUCACCUAUUACAAUUGGGGGUCGUCAAGCUGUUGUCGAGAUAAAGAGAACCACCACUCGAGUUGGUGGUGGGAGAGCUAGGCUUCCUUCUGGAAGAGGGGGAUUUCGAAAUGACAGCUUCAGGGGCCGUGGGAACUUCGGUGGCGGUCGAGGUUAUGGAAGAAAUGACUUCGGAAACCGGGGUGACUUUUCAGGCAGAGGUAGAGGUCCAGGUGGACGCAAUGGUGAAGGUUAUCAACAAGGAAGAGGGAGAGGUGGGCGUCGAGGUGGAGCAUAUCAGAAUGCUAUUCAAGCAUGAAACCGUGCAUGGAGAUUCUUUGAUGACAUUUUUCUUUUUGUUUUUAUGACAAACAUGAUUAUCUUGCCAGUACUGGUAGAGAGUAGGUGAUUCAAUCGUAUCUACCGUAUUGGAAAGAAACUUUUUGAGUCGGAGUUCGAGGUUACCUCAACGCCAAAAAGGCAUUUAGUUUAGUUUCAGCAAUUUUUUUGACAGAAUUUUGCGUAGGGUGGCUCCAUCUCACAGUUAGAAUGUAACUUGGCGGAAUUUUUAUUUCAUCUUCCUGAUUUUGGAAAUUUAAGUUAAUUGUUUUACUGAAGUUGAAGAAUUGUAGUAUCAAUGUAGAAACGGUAGAUCUUUAACUUUUAGUAGAUAAAUUAAUGGAAAUAUCAUUUGGGUUCUUCUUUUCA